AUGUUCUUCCGUCGCCGCUGGACGGGAGCCACUGGCCUGGGACCCGGGCUCAGGACCGAGCCGGCCCGCACCUCCCGCCGUCGUUCCCCGUGUGGCGGCGCGAGGCCUCCAGGAUUUAUCGUGGCAGGAAAAUCCUCGCUGUUUAAAGUCAUUCUCCUGGGAGAUGGUGGCGUUGGGAAGAGCUCUCUUAUGAACAGAUAUGUGACUAAUAAAUUUGAUACACAGCUCUUCCACACCAUAGGGGUGGAGUUCUUAAAUAAAGGUUUGGAGGUGGAUGGCCACUUCAUUACCUUGGAGAUCUGGGACUCGGCCGGACAGGAGCGCUUCCGCAGCCUGCGGAUGUCCUUCUAUAGGGGUUGUGGUUGCUGCCUGCUGACCUUCAGUGUUGAUGACCCGCAGAGCUUCCAGAACCUGAACAACUGGAAGAAAGAGUUCAUAUAUUACGCAGAUGUGAAAGAACCCGACAGCUUUCCUUUUGUGAUUCUGGGGAACAAGGUCGACAUAAGCAAUCGGUCUGAUCACUUGAUGCAGACAGACACAGUCAAUCUGCACCGAAAGCCCAAGCCCAGUUCCUCUUGCUGUUGAUCAUCCGAGAGGUUUGUCCCAUGUGUUCUAACCAACUCACACACACACACA